CGGGCGAGCGGAGAGCACGGAAAACCACAAUCUGUCCAGGCAUAUUCAGGCAGUCGAGCAGCCAUGGUGAAGCUGGGCAGCACUCUGUCUGAUAAGCUGGAGAAGCAGCCGUCUGCGGACGAUGGCUUUGAUAACAUCCCCCUCAUCACACCCCUGGAGGUCAACCAGCUCCAGCAACCAUUCGCAGAAAAAGUCAUUGUGAGGACAUCAACACAAUAUCAGCUGCAGCAGAAGAAGAAGAACAAACUGUAUGUGCCCAGCAUCAAGAAGCUGAAUAUCAACUUCUACAGUGAUGUUUCAGAUAAAGCCAAGAUCACAGGUCUGAUCCUCAUCACUUUGGCCUUCCUGACCAGCCUGCUCCUCCUGCUCAUGUACAAAGCCAUGUGGUAUGAUCAACUUACCUGCCCAGAAGGUUUCAUCCUGAAGCAGAAGCACUGCACCCCGGCAGCUCUCGAGAUGUACUACACAGAGCAGCGGCAGGAGCAGCAGGAGCCAGGCCUCCACGGCAGCAGCAGCACCGGGCUCUACACCGCCCUCAGCCACCUCAGCCAGGUGAAGAGGACGGGCCCCGAGCUGCCACCACCGUGGUUACCAGUCAUCAGCGCUCUGAAGGAGGCCGAGCUGGCCAAGCAAGGCGGCGAGCCGAUGAAAGGAGUGCUGGAGGGAGAGGAGUGA